AUGGGAACAUUCAGGCUUCUGUGGCUGCUGCUGCCUUUGCAGCCCCUGUUGGCGGCAGCCUCAGGCUCCGGGACCGGGACUAGCCAGCGCGCGGGAUCACUUGCUGUGGGGCCGCAACUGCAACCCCGGGAGCCGCUUAGCUACUCUCGCCUGCAGAGGAAGAGCCUGGCGGUGGACUUCGUUGUACCCUCGCUGUUCCGUGUCUACGCCCGAGACUUACUGCUGCCGUCUCCUUUCCCCUCUGAAUUGAGGGAUGGACGGCCUGAGGCACGCGGCUCCCUGGCUCUCGAUUGUGACCCUCUAAUUAGGCUUUUGGGACCACCGCCCGAGGUAUCCCGGACCGCAGACUCUAGCUCUCCAUCCCCCGCACGGACGCUGUCCAGGGUUCUGAAAGGCGGCUCGGUUCGUAAGCUCCGUCGCGCCAAGCAGCUUGUGUUGGAACUGGGAGAAGAGGCUAUUCUUGAGGGUUGCAUAGGGCCCCCAGAGGAAGCGGCUGCGGGACUGCUCCAGUUCAACCUCAGCGAGCUGUUCAGCUGGUGGAUUCUCCAUGGCGAAGGGCGGCUGCGGAUACGCCUGAUGCCCGAGAAAAAGGCGUCAGAAGUGGGCAGAGAGGGAAGACUGUCCGCGGCGAUCCGCGCGUCCCAGCCCCGCCUUCUCUUCCAGAUCAUCGGGACCGGUCACAGAUCAUUAGAGUCACCAAGAAGCAUGCCUUCACCUCCUCCUGAUUCGUUUGCAUGGAAUCUGACCUGGAUAAUGAAAGAUUCAUUCCCUUUCCUGUCUCACCGCAGCAGAUAUGGUUUGGAAUGCAGCUUUGAUUUCCCCUGUGAGCUGGAGUAUUCCCCUCCGCUGCAUGACCAUGGGAACCACAGCUGGUCCUGGCGCCGCGUCCCCUCUGAAGAGGCCUCCCAAUUGGACCUGUUGAAUGGGCCUGAAGCAGAGCACUCCAAAGAGAUGCCAAGAGGCUCCUUCCUUCUGCUCAACACCUCAGCAAACUCCAAGCACACCAUCCUCAGCCCGUGGAUGCGGAGCAGCAGUGAGCACUGCACGCUGGCUGUCUCUGUGCACAGGCACCUGCAGCCCUCUGGGAGAUACGUGGCCCAGCUGCUGCCCCACAACGAAGCUGGACGAGAGAUCCUCCUGGUGCCCAGUCUGGGAAAGCAUGGUUGGACAGUGCUGCAGGGAAGAAUUGGGCGCCCAGAGAACCCCUUCCGAGUGGCACUGGAGUACAUCUCAAGUGGAAACCGGAGUCUGUCUGCAGUGGACUUCUUUGCCCUGAAGAACUGCAGUGAAGGAACAUCCCCAGGCUCCAAGAUGGCCUUGCAGAGUUCCUUCACUUGCUGGAAUGGGACAGUCCUUCAGCUUGGGCAGGCCUGUGACUUCCACAAGGACUGUGCCCACGGAGAAGAUGAGGACCAGCUGUGCAGUAAACUCCCUGCUGGCUUUUACUGUGACUUUGAAGAUGGCUUCUGUGGCUGGACCCAAGGCACACUGUCACGCCACACAUCCCGGUGGCAGGUCAGGACCCUAAAGGAUGCCCAGUUCCAGGGUCACCAAGGCCAAUCCCUGUUGCUCAGCACCACUGAUGUCCCUACGUAUGAAAGUGCUACACUGACCAGUGCUACAUUUCCUGCACCCAUGAAGAACUCUCCGUGUGAGCUUCGAAUGUACUGGCUCAUCCGUGGAAUCCUGAAGGGAAACUUAUCCUUGAUGCUGGUGGAGAACAAAACUGGGAAGGAACAGGGCAGGAUGGUCUGGCAUGUUGAUACCAAUGAAGGCUUGAGUCUGUGGCAGUGUACGGUUCUGCCUCUCCUCGACGUGUCUGACAGGUUCUGGCUGCAGAUUGUGGCGUGGUGGGGGAAAGGAUCCAGAGCCACUGUGGCAUUUGACAAUAUCUCCAUCAGCCUUGACUGCUACCUCACCAUCAGCGGGGAAGACAAUGCACAGAACGCAGCACCCAAAUCAAGAAAUCUGUUUGAGAGAAACCCAAACAAGGAGCUGAAACCCAGGAGAAAUAUAUCAACAGAGGUCCCCACCUUUGACCCUACAGUUCACUGGCUGUUUACCACAUGUGGAGCAAGUGGACCUCAUGGCCCCACGCAAGCACAAUGCAACAAUGCCUAUCAGAACUCCAAUGUGAGCGUGGUAGUGGGGAGCCAGGGCCCCCUGAAGGGUGUCCAGAUCUGGAAGGUGCCAGCCACGGACACCUACAGCAUCUCGGGCUACGGAGCGGCUGGCGGGAAAGGAGGGAAGAAUACCAUGAUACGGUCCCACGGUGUGUCUGUGCUGGGCAUCUUCAACCUGGAGAAGGACGACAUACUGUACAUCCUGGUCGGGCAGCAGGGCGAGGACGCCUGCCCCAGCACAAGUCAGCUAAUCCAGAAAGUCUGUGUUGGCGAGAACAACGUGAUAGAAGAAGAAAUACGCAUGAAUAAAAGCGUGCAGGAGUGGGCAGGAGGAGGUGGCGGUGGGGGCGGAGCCACAUACGUGUUUAAGAUGAAGGAUGGAGUGCCGGUGCCCCUGAUCGUUGCAGCCGGCGGUGGCGGCAGGGCCUACGGGGCCAAGACAGACACCUUCCUUCCAGAGAAACUGGAGAAUAACUCCUUUGUUCUUGGGCUGAAUGGCAAUUCUGGAGCUGCAGGUGGUGGAGGUGGCUGGAAUGAUAACACUUCCUUGCUCUGGUCUGGAAAAUCUUUGCUGGAGGGUGCUACCGGAGGACAUUCGUGCCCCCAGGCCAUGAAGAAGUGGGGGUGGGAGACCAGAGGGGGUUUCGGAGGGGGUGGAGGGGGGUGCUCCUCCGGUGGAGGAGGCGGAGGAUAUAUAGGGGGUAAUGCAGCCUCGAACAAUGACCCCGAAAUGGACGGGGAGGAUGGGGUUUCCUUCAUCAAUCCUCUGGGCAUCCUGUACACCCCAGCUUUAAAAGUGACAGAGGGCCACGGGGAAGUGAAUAUUAAGCAUUACCUAAACUGUAGCCACUGUGAGGUAGAUGAGUGCCACAUGGAUACUGAGAGCCACAAGAUCAUGUGCUUUUGUCAUCACGGGACAGUGCUGGCCGAGGACGGUGUCUCCUGCAUCGUGUCACCCACCCCAGAACUGUACCUGCCACUCUCGCUGAUCCUCUCGGUUGUGACCUCUGCCAUCGUGGCGGCCCUUGUCCUGGCUUUCUCCGGCAUCAUGAUCGUAUACCGCCGGAAACACCAGGAGCUACAAGCCAUGCAGAUAGAGCUGCAGAGCCCAGAGUACAAACUGAGCAAACUCCGCACCUCAACCAUCAUGACUGACUACAACCCUAACUACUGCUUUGCUGGCAAGACCUCCUCCAUCAGUGACCUGAAGGAGGUACCACGGAAAAACAUCAUCCUCAUUCGGGGUCUGGGCCAUGGUGCAUUUGGGGAGGUGUAUGAAGGCCAGGUGUCUGGAAUGUCCAACGACGCGGGCCCCCUGCAAGUGGCUGUCAAGACGCUGCCAGAGGUGUGUUCAGAGCAGGAUGAACUGGAUUUCCUCAUGGAAGCUCUCAUCAUCAGCAAAUUCAAUCACCAGAACAUCGUGCGCUGUAUUGGGGUGAGCCUGCAAGCUUUGCCCCGGUUUAUCCUGCUGGAGCUCAUGGCAGGUGGAGACCUCAAGUCCUUCCUGCGAGAAACCCGCCCUCGCCCGAAUCAGCCUUCCUCCCUGGCCAUGCUGGACCUGCUGCAUGUGGCCCGGGACAUUGCCUGUGGCUGUCAGUACUUAGAGGAAAACCACUUCAUCCACCGUGACAUUGCUGCCAGGAACUGCCUCUUGACCUGUCCAGGUCCUGGGAGAGUGGCCAAGAUUGGAGACUUUGGAAUGGCCAGAGAUAUCUACAGAGCCAGCUACUACAGAAAGGGAGGGUGUGCAAUGCUGCCAGUUAAAUGGAUGCCCCCAGAGGCCUUCAUGGAAGGAAUAUUUACUUCUAAAACAGAUACAUGGUCCUUUGGUGUGCUGUUAUGGGAAAUAUUUUCCCUUGGAUAUAUGCCAUACCCUAGCAAAAGCAAUCAGGAAGUCCUGGAGUUUGUGACCAGCGGAGGACGCAUGGAUCCACCUAAGAACUGUCCUGGGCCUGUGUACCGGAUAAUGACUCAGUGCUGGCAACAUCAGCCUGAAGAUAGGCCCAACUUUGCCAUAAUUUUGGAAAGGAUUGAAUACUGCACCCAGGAUCCAGAUGUAAUCAAUACCUCGCUGCCAAUAGAAUACGGUCCACUUAUAGAAGAGGAAGAGAAAGUGCCCAUGAAGCCUAAAGACCCCGAGGGAAUUCCUCCUCUCUUAGUGUCUCCGCAACAAGCAAAACGCAAGGGUGAGCACCAGCAGUCCGCGCCCCCUCCUCCACCCGCCUCCUCCUCCCGCAGAGCCGGGAGAAAGCCAGCCUUGGCGACGGCAGUCACCGGCAGAGCCCCUCGAGGCCCGGCGGGAGAAGGGGGACACGUUAACAUGGCGUUCUCUCAAUCCAACCCCCCGUCGGAGGUGCACAAAAUCCAGGCAUCCAGAAACAAAACGACCAGCUUAUGGAACCCAACCUACGGCUCGUGGUUUGCAGAGAAACCGGCCCCAAUGAACAAUCCAAUAGCAGCGAAGAAGGAGCAGCCCGAGAGGGGAAGCGUGGCUCGCGAGGCUGGCUGUACUGGGGCGCCGCCCAGCGCCGCGGCCGGGAGACUCGCGGGCGCCUCGCUGCUACUGGAGCCGUCCUCGCUGACAACCAGCGUCAAGGAGGUGCCUCUGUUCAGGCUGCGCCACUUCCCAUGUGGAAACGUCAGCUAUGGCUAUCAGCAACAGGGCCUGCCUUUGGAGGCCACCACUGUCCCUGCAACGAGCAAUUACGAGGACACCAUUCUGAAAACCAAGAGCAAUGUGACCCAGCCUGGGCCCUGAGCCUAUUGCCUACUCACGUCUCUUUCUUGGGAACCCAGAGCCAAGGAGGGGGAGAGGUGAUGGUUCCUUCACACAUCAGAGACCAAAUGUCAUUUUUCAUUCUGUGCCAACUUGAAAAAAAAAGCACUGUUAUUUUCAAAAUGCUGUAGAAAGGUUUUGAGCAUGGGUUCAUCGUAUUCUUUCAAAAGAAGAAAAAAUAUCAUCCCAGUGAGUGAUUAAACACGAGGCCCAGAUUUGGUUGCAUAAGGUUUUGAUGCAUGGUUCUCGUAUACCUCCUUAUGCUUCUUUUCCAGUGUGUGUGCUCUGCUUCAAUGUAGUCAGAAUUAGCUGCUUACGUGUGUCAUAGUCGGAGUCGUAGAUGUCUCCUUACCUUGUCGCUGUGGACCAUGUAAGGGGAGAGGGAACUGAAAUAAAGGAGUUCUUUG